AUGCCCAAGACCAUGUCCAACUUCCACCCCGCCGAGCAGGUCGAGGGAGAAAAGCUCCUCGACGGGCUGAUCACGGACCGCAAGGACACGGAGAACGUGACCCGCAUGCAGACGUACGCGCCGGGCUGGAAGGCCGGCGCGCACUCGCACACGUACUGGGAAGAAGUCCUCGUGCUCAAGGGCCGCAUCUUUGACGAGACGCUCAACCGCUGGGUCGGCGAGGGAGAGUAUGCGUGCCGCCCGCCGGGGCAGGUGCAUGGCCCGAUGGAGGCCGGGCCAGAGGGGUGUACUGUGCUUCUUAUCAACACGAGCAGCUGGGGCAAGUGA